AUGUCGACUGACAGGAUCGAGCUCGAAAGUCGGGAAGGCACGACUGUGACCAUUUCCCGCGACGCUGCGCGGAAGAUCCAAGUAUUGUGCGACGUAUUGGAUCUGUGUACUAUACAAGAAGGUCCUAUCCCUCUUGACAUUCCUGGCGAGGCCUUGAAGAAGAUUGUCCUAUGGUGCGAGCACGAAGGAACAGACCCAAAGCCGCAUACCGUUCAAGAUCCAUUCACUGCCUGGAGAUUCACGGAUCGUUGGGAACAAGAUUUCGCUAUGUCUAUGAAUUGGGAUUUGGCGAUGGAGGUGUACCAUGCGUCCCAUUACCUAUGCCUGGAUGGUCUCAUAGAUCUAAUGGCCUACACAAUGGCAAGUCAUUUAGAGGAUCUAUCUCCAAAGGACAUCCUGGCCAGGUUUGGUGUAUCAUCCGACUACUCGAGUAAGGAAUCGGAAGCUUUCAAUAACGCCGUUUUGCCCUUCCUCUCUCGUUGGCGGGAGAAGAAGAGAGAACCCGACGACCCCUCAUAA